UCAUUCGCAUAAACUCGUGUUCCAACUACAACCGCAAAACCCUGAAACAAGUCGCAUAAACCCUCCGUUUGCGCACCUUCGUUCCACUAGAUAGUUUCACGCUGUUUGGGUUCCUAAUUAUUACCUUGACUCACUAAGUGAAUUUGCAUACCCGCUUUAAUCAAGGCCUGGUUCACAUGGCUGCUACCUUUGCUCUCUGCGUAUUUUUGCUUAAUUGCUUCGCGACCUGCAUAUGAAGAACCUGAUUAUCGCCGUUUAAGCGCAAAGUAUAAAACUUCGCAGUAUUUCGCAGUCAAUGCAGCUUUGAACGGGUUUUCCUAGUCAAUCGUGCUAAAAUGUACACAACAGUGCUGAUGUUGCUGAAUAUAAUGCCGCUGAUCCUCACAAGUGAGAAUUGCGAUAAAUACGGUAUUCUGCUAUACGAAGACAUCGGGUGCAAGCCGGUGAUGAACGCAACAGAAAGCUGCCCAAGCAGAUACGAUUGCAACUUUAGCAGUCCUAAAAGCGGCUGCACCUUCAAAGGUAAAAACUACAACCCAGGCGAAGAUAUCGAGUCCGAGUUGACCUACUCGGCAUGCAGCAUCGGGUGUAGAUGUGAAGACUUCAACUUCAUAAGAUGCGCAGUGUUGGACUGUCCGGAACAUCUGGGAGGCUACCCGGAACCCGACUGCUUCCCAAAGUACGAGUUGGGAAAAUGUUGUGCAACCGAGCAAAUAUGCAACGCCACAGCCGAAGCCAAAACCUGCCAAGUCGAUGGGGAAACAUACAGCAUUGGCGCCAAGUUUUAUCCGAAAAACACAUGCUUUAGCUGUAUUUGCCAUGCGAAUUUUACCGGAGAAUACGACGAGGAAACCUGCAUGAGGCAAAAUUGCGUAGCGGAAAUCUACUCGAAUGAACAAAUCAAUCAAAAGUGCGCGCCUGCCUAUUUCAAUUUCCAUUCCGACGAAGUCUUGUGCUGUCCGAACGAAUUUCUAUGCCCAGAACCAACUGAUGAUAUCAAAGUUGUAAACUUCCAAGCUGAUGCAAAUGCCACCUUCCAGUGCCAGUAUGGAGCAGGCGAACUGAAAGUUGGAGAAGGUUUCCAUAGGAGGAUUAAUAAGUAUGGAAAGGACCGAAAUUUGCUGUGUGAGUGCAUCAUGCCGCCUUUAGUAACAUGUCGUGAAGUGUAAAAUAUUUUUUGCCUGUGUUCAAACAUCACGGGACUCGGAACAAAAGGGAAGUGUUUUGCAGUUGAAACCAAAGGACUUAAUAAUUUGUGUAUUUAACCAAAUGUUUAGAAAAAUAUAAAUCUAUUUGAACUUUUAA